CAAACACUACAAGAUAGUAAUGAUGAAAGUCGUUCGUUAAACUCAUAGCUUGAUUAUACAUAUGAAUCGUCUUGCCACUCAUGCCGAUGAGUUUUUAAGUUCUAGAUCGACUUCUUGUCGAGUUGGACCAAUUGUCUUAUCGCCGUCGGUUGUUUUCAUGUCGAGUCGCUUUUUUGUCAGCUGAGUUACGAAUCGUCGAGGUCCAAAGCCGCAAGAAUAAUUCGGCGAUAGUUCACGAUGCUACUCGAGUAAAGAGACCAACAAGUAGCUCAAGCCUUUAAAAGUUGAAGCUGUUCUCGAAAAUUUCUUUUUUUUCGAUGUUACGGUAGAAAUGGCCAUCCACCGCAUCUUACAUGCCCUAUCGCCGACGGGCAUGCAUCACGAUGAGGCAAGAAAUCGGCUUUCUAGCAUCGAAGAAGGCAAAGAAGACGAUGUUGCUUACUAUGGGGAAGAAGAAAUAGAAGAACAAGACCGCCUACUCACAUCUAGUCAUGAUAACGUCGAUGUGACAGCAGAAGCAAAAUCAGUCACCCAACGCCAAUCACUAUGGCCGGUUGCCGCCUUCGCUCUCGCCUGUGUCGGUACCAUUUUCUCUUUGGCGUGGGUAGCUCUAUCGCUAGAUCUCCACCGACAACCAGGACCGUCUCCUCUAGAGAUAGCACAUACCAUUCCUCUUCGCCGUCCAGACAAGGACUAUAUAUUGAAUCCCGACUGGGAUUUCGAAGCCCCGAACCAAGUGCGAAAGUACGGCUGGCUUAUCAUCGACAAGGAUGGAGAACCGGACGGAAUCUUGAAGCGAAUGAUGACCAUAGAAGGCCAAUUUCCUGGACCACUGAUAGAAGUUAAUGAAGGCGAUAUUAUUGAGGUCAAUGUCCAUAAUCAUGCUUCUAAUGCCACUGCUAUCCACUGGCACGGCAUUUUUCAGAACGGUACGAACUGGAUGGACGGAGCUGUAGGCGUUACUCAAUGCCCCAUUGCUCCUGGAACUUCAUAUCUUUAUAGGUUCAAUGUUACUGGCCAAGCUGGUACUUAUUUUUAUCAUGGUCAUCAAGGCGUUCAGGCCUUGAAUGGACUCGUAGGACCCCUCGUGAUCCAUGGCCGAGACGAAGCGACGCAUAAACCCGUCCCAUAUUCGUCAGACCGCGUGGUCUUACUCCAAGACUGGUACUACGAUUCAGACAGCGGGCUAAUGCGAGACGUGUUAUCUCCGGGCGUUGAGGAUGCGCCGAUACCUAAUACAGCUUUGAUUAACGGUGUGAACCAAGCUGACUGCUCGGACCAUCCCAACAGACGGUGUUCAGAACUGGAGAGGUCUCUCCCCAACUUGGAUCUGGUCCCUGGCGAGGGCCAUAGGCUACGAUUCUUGAACGUUGGUGGGUUUGCCUGGUUCCAGAUUGCAGUAGACGAGCAUGAUUCUCUGCCAAUUAUCGAAGUGGAUGGUACCAACGUUAAGCCUACACCCGAAUCUUCGCUAGUAAUUGCCCCAGGACAACGGUAUAGCACAGUCUUAACGGCAGAUCAAACCGGGGACGGGGCUUUCUGGCUUCGUGCUAGGAUGAUAAGAUCUUGCUUUGCAAGCCAAACACUUCCAGAAAACGGCAUUGAUGAGGCGAAAGCCAUUAUACGCUAUCAUACUAAUACAGGAAGGGAUGGUAGCCACGAACACCCUCCCCUGCCAACCACUACUUCCAGCCUCCAAUACCUCCCAACAUGUAAAGACAUGAGUUCCACGACCUCAUUUUCUCCUUCACCAGCACAGCCAGCCCCUAUACAUGCCGACCAUUCAUGGUAUCUACGCGUCAAUCUCGCCAUUGGCGACUGGCGGUUACAACGAGGCAUUAUGAACUCGUCCUCCUUCCGACCGGAUCCUACAUCGCCGACCUUACACCGGGUCCUCGACGGUCUCGCCCAGAACAACGAAUCCUUCGUCCAAGACGGCGUUCUCGACACGGCAUUCGACCCCGCCUCCGAGCUCAUCAUCUCUCACAACGGCGCUGCCGACACCGUCGACAUCAUCCUGCAGAACAUGGACGAGAAUAGCCAUCCUUUCCACCUCCACGGUUACCAGAUGUGGGUUCUCGGUGCCGGACACGGCUACUUCCCCGGCUACGAAGCCCUCGGGCUGAACCCCGAGGGAAAGGGGCUGCUCGACGCUACGAACUCGACCGUCGUCGACAACCCUUUAAAACGAGACACGGUGACGGCCGAGGGCUUCGGAUGGGUGCUCCUGCGGUUCGUGGCGGAUAAUCCCGGCGUCUGGCUUUUCCAUUGCCACGUGCUCUGGCACUCGGAAGCCGGCAUGGCGAUGCAGUUCCUCUCCCGCGCAGAUGUAAUGAGGGAAUGGGAACUGCCCAAGGACGCGAAGCGAUUGUGCUCGCUUCCUGAGGUGGAAUUGAUGAAAGGGGCCCCGCCUAAGGACGAGGUAUUCUUCGGCUUCAACAAUGAGGAUGAAGAAUGAGAGAGGUGUGUUGUUUGUAGUACCGAUACCUAUAUGAGACCAUAGGCGGUAUACAGAGUCGCGCUAGAUAGAUACCCCGUACAUAUGUAUGCUACAUAUUCCGUUGUACAUUAGUUACUAGCAUCGUUUUGAAGUAUAUAGCGAAAUCAUCUUAUGGGAGAGUUGUAGUGAAGCAUAUCUAAUGUAUACCUCUUAAGAA